UUAAAUCAAAUUUAUCAUGUAUUAAAAAUGUCUUUAAGAAAUUUAUCAACUUUAGUACAUCGAACGUUAACAAGAUCAACGUUUAAUAUAAGAUAUUGUAAUACCAAUAAGAAAAAAGUAAAUUUCGUAAGAUAUUGCUCAAAUUCUAAUAUAACAAAUUCCAAACCUGCACUAUCUCAACCUAUUGGAAAAGUAGAAGGAAAAUUAUUUUUGUCCUAUAAAUGUAAAGUAUGUAAAACUACUAAUAAUCAUUUCAUUACUAAAAUCGCUUACGACAAAGGGGUGGUUAUAGUAACAUGUGAAGGAUGCAGUAACAACCAUCUAAUAGCAGAUAAUUUAAAUUGGUUUACAGACUUGAAUGGAAAAAAAAAUAUCGAAGAUAUAUUAGCGGAAAAAGGUGAAAGUGUACGAAAAAUUGAUGUGAAUAAGUGUCUGGAAAUACUCGAAAAAGAAGUGGUACAAAAAUGAUGUAAUUACUGUGAUAAAAUACACAAAAAUUGUAUUGAAAAUAAAUUUAUUAUUUGUUCAAAUACACUUUAAGUAACAUGGCAAA